UAGAGCUGGUGGAAGGUGAGCUGCUGAGUGCGUGUCCCUCCCCUUCCACCCCCUCAUGCUUCUGUGGGUCACUGGUGUAUCUACUGUAACUGAUCUGCUCUCCUCUGCCCUUCCCUGUUCUUCACCUGUCCUCUUAUUGCUGGUCUCUGGUGGGCGUUCUCUACCAUCUCUCUUCAUUUCCUAACAUUCUGUUCUUUCUCCAACCCUGGGCAGAAACUCUGAAGGCAGGAGGAGGAGGACAGGGGUGCUUAUCUCAUUAGUCCUGCACUUCCCACCCACUUUGGGGCUUCAUCAAAACCUACUGGCCCAGAUGUUGCUGUGAAGACUUUCCUCUGCCAGAUUCAGCCUCCUGGGUCUGGGUUGUAGCAUUUAACAGCAUCUGUGCUAGAUUAUCUAAAAUCCUGGGCACCUGGUGGUGAUCUACAGAUGAAUAGGAGUUUGUCCCUCCUCUUUAACCCUUCUUGCUUUUCCAUCUUAUAGGGAAAAACAGGUUCUCUGCAUACUGCUUUACCAUACUAGUUAAGAUACGUGGUUAUGAGAAGUUUAUAGAAUGAUCCAGUGGUGGCUCAUGGAACCCAAACCCCCUAAUGCAGCUGGGAUCUCGGAGAGGACUGGACCUAGGACCCAAAAAACUGCUGCCUCAUCUCUAUCUCAAAAAAAAAAAAAAAUAUCCUUUCUCUGUGUCCUGGUCCACUCAGAGGGUAGAAGACGGCCAUCUAGAGACCUGGAAGAUCAAAGGAUCCCAGAAAACCCAGUUCCAGAGCUCAGUUCCCGGGACUAGAGGGUACGCUCGGCCAGAUGGCUGGGGGUGCCGCUGGCCUUGGCGACCCCGCCGUCCCCGCGCGGUCGCCCUCCCCAGCCCGGCAAGCAGCUUGGGCGUCCAGCCCGGCCCAGUCCCUGCAGGGAGGGAGCGCAGGAGCUGGGGGCCGCUCUCCCGGGGCGGGGCUCGCUCCACAAGCGCCGGGGCGGCGAGGGGCGUGGACGUGGGCGUGGGCGGGGCCGGGGGCGGGGCCGGCCGUGGCUGCGGCGGGGGCGGCGGCGGCGUCUCCAGGGGGAGCCAAGGACCUGUUCGUUCUUCUUUGGGCUAUAAGAAGGCAGAGGAUGAGAUGUCCAGGGCCACGUCUGUUGGAGACCAGCUGGAGGCACCCGCCCGCACCAUUUACCUCAACCAACCGCAUCUCAACAAAUUCCGCGACAACCAGAUCAGUACGGCCAAGUACAGCGUGUUGACAUUUCUACCUCCAUUCUUGUAUGAGCAGAUUAGAAGAGCUGCUAAUGCCUUCUUUCUCUUCAUUGCCUUAUUACAGCAAAUUCCAGAUGUAUCUCCAACAGGAAGAUAUACCACCCUGGUGCCAUUGAUCAUUAUUUUAACAAUUGCAGGCAUCAAAGAGAUUGUAGAAGAUUUUAAGCGACACAAGGCAGACAAUGCAGUUAACAAAAAGAAAACAAUAGUGUUAAGAAAUGGUAUGUGGCAUACCAUUAUGUGGAAAGAGGUGGCAGUGGGAGACAUUGUGAAGGUCGUCAAUGGGCAGUAUCUUCCAGCAGAUGUGGUCCUGCUGUCCUCCAGUGAACCUCAGGCAAUGUGUUAUGUUGAAACAGCUAAUCUGGAUGGGGAGACGAACCUUAAAAUACGUCAGGGUUUGAGUCACACUGCUGACAUGCAAACACGUGAAGUUCUGAUGAAGUUAUCUGGAACUAUAGAGUGUGAAGGGCCCAACCGCCACCUCUAUGACUUCACUGGAAACUUGAACUUAGAUGGGAAAAGCCUUUUUGCCCUUGGGCCUGACCAGAUCUUAUUAAGAGGCACACAGCUUAGAAAUACUCAGUGGGUCUUUGGCAUAGUUGUUUAUACUGGACAUGACACCAAACUCAUGCAGAAUUCAACCAAAGCACCUCUCAAGAGAUCAAACGUUGAGAAGGUGACUAACGUGCAGAUCCUGGUGUUGUUUGUCAUCCUCUUGGUCAUGGCCUUGGUGAGCUCGGCGGGGGCCCUGUACUGGAACAGGUCUCACAGCGAAAAGAACUGGUACAUCAAGAAGAUGGACACCACCUCAGAUAAUUUUGGAUACAACCUGCUGACGUUCAUCAUCUUAUACAACAAUCUUAUUCCCAUCAGUCUGCUGGUGACUCUUGAGGUUGUGAAGUAUACCCAAGCCCUUUUCAUAAACUGGGCUAUAGAUGAAAAUGUAGGAGCAGCAGCAAGAGAUGGAAGAAGGAGACCAACUGAGCCACAUUCAUGGACUCUGUGCCAGAGGGCCUGACUCCUCCAUCCCAGGGCCACACAUAUGGGGACAGCAAAGGAUAAUAAAUCCCACGGAUUGUCCUUCCAGACCCCUCCCAUUGGUGAUGCCAUUGAAGACUGGCUCAACCUGGAGGCAGCUGCAUGCUGUUCCUGACAUUACCAGACCUGCCCACUCUCCCCUGGAUCCCAACAUCGCCAUCUGCCUGGGUCCUCACUCUUGCAACCCAAGGAGGGCCUCCUAAAUUAGGAAAGUGCUUUGGCUCCUUGUCAAUAACAAAGGAUCUUUUUGAACCUCAUCAGUGGAAGCACAGCUCAACACACACAUGCUCACACACACACACACAAUGGCGUGUUUAGAUGCUCACAUGUGCUUUCUGCACAGGGCUACAUCAUUUUCUCCCCUUCAAGUUUGCUCCCAAACAGAUUUAUUUUCUAAUUUUUAUUUUGUUGUACUGUAUGUAUCAACUGCACAAGGCAAUCAGCCAAAGAGAGAUUUAAACAUAUGGACUAAAUUUCAUGUCUUUGGAAAACAUGGUAGAGCAAGACAGCAAUAUGCUCUUCCACUCUGCUCUCUGGGGCUGCCACUUGGCUGGGGAGGGGCCAUGUUACACCUGGGCCAAAUCAUCCCGGGGCUCCCGCUCAAAGCACCACCCUCAUGUCUGCAACAGCCUGUGCAAAUAUGCAAAGCCCUCUUUGAAAGCUCUGCGGUGCUGCUUAGUGGUGUUCUUUGCACCUUGAGCAACGCUCACUCACAUGCAAGACCUGCCCAUGGACAUACCAGGAUUAGCAAAGCAAUCCAUAGCCCUGAAUUUCUGUGGGUGCCUGCAUUUGCUGUGCUACAAGGGGAAGAGAUUGUCAUUUACAGUGAAAAAUAAAGGUGGUGUUAAUUAAAUUUAUAUUUCUAAGUGUCAACGUCUCCAGACCUCUAUUCCUUUUGUAAGGUGAGCAAGUAUGUCUUACAAAAGAAUGAGCCAGAAAUGAACUUCAUUUUACUGUUAUAAUAUCCAGAAUUCACACAUUUUUAAGCAUUUGCUAAAAUAAAUAGUGUUUUUACAAUUGA